CGUUACUCGUUGAAAAAUAGACUAUUGUCCUACGGUUGACUCAUUUCUCUCUCCUUCACUGUAAAAUCUCACCCCCCAAGAAACUCUUCAGCUUACCAAGCUUAUAAUCUCCUUUCCCAUUUCCUGGCCUCUUCUUUGCCGUAUUUGACCUUCAACUUUCUUUGUCCAGAUCCCUCAAAGCCGCGAAAAUGAAGAAAGCUGUGUUGAGAUUGGAUCUGCAUGAUGAGAAAGCUAAGAAGAAAGCCAUGAAGACAGUCUCUAGUCUUUCAGGGGUGCAUUCCAUAUCCAUGGAGAUGAAGGAACAGAAGCUGACAGUGAUAGGGGACAUUGAUCCAGUACACAUAGUGGCCAAACUGAGAAAGCUGUGUUGCACAGAAAUAGUUACAGUAGGACCGGCAAAAGAACCUGAAAAGAAGAAGGAAGUACCCAAGAAAGAAGAGCCGAAGAAGCAAGAUCAAGAUCUUCACAUCACAGCUUAUCAUUACCAUUAUCCAAAUGUUAGAAGUGUUGAGGAGGAUCCUAAUGCAAUUUGUGUCAUUUCUUAAUUUUUUAAUUCUAAAUGUAAGAGAUAUUAUUUCGUGAAAUAAAAAGUUUCAAUUUCAUAAAGUUUA